CCGUGGGAUUAAUCUAUCCUUUUGGAGGUUAUUUUCGGCAAGCAGCCUCGCAGGCGGGCAGAGCGGCCGGAGGAAGAGCCCGCGGCAGGGGAGGGAUGCGGGAGCAGGGCAGCGGAGCCGGGCGGGACUGAGCCACCCGCAGAGGAGAGGAGGAGAGGAAAGGAGAAGAGAGGACAGGAGAGCUGCCCUGCUCCCUGCUCCCGUGCCGGGCUGCCUGCAUGGCUCCCGGGCACUGUGGAGAUUGUGGGGGCUGCUGCUGCUGAGCAACCAUCCAUCGCUUUAAACUCAGCCUCAACUUAGCGCAGCAGGCAAGAAUGGCAAAGCCACUGGAGCUUUGGAGCUGCCAGGAGAGCCAGGGAACCUGGGUUUUGGUCGCUGCUGUCUAAUAAAUGGGAGUAAAAUGGAAUUUCUUACCUGGGUUUUUCCUGCCUUGAUUCUACUGUGCACUCAACAGCACAGGUGUAUCAGAGCUAUGAGUGACAUCGGAGAUUACAUAGGUUCCAACAUUGAAAUCUCCUGGUUGCCCAACCUGGAUGAUUUGAUGAAAGGGUACGCACGAAAUUUCAGGCCUGGGAUUGGAGGUCCUCCCGUUAAUGUUGCUCUGGCAAUCGAAGUAGCCAGCAUUGACCACAUCUCAGAAGUGAACAUGGAAUACACCAUGACAGUAUUUUUGCACCAGAGCUGGCGAGACGAUCGUCUGUCUUACAACCACACCAAUGAAACUCUGGGCUUGGACAGCAGGUUUGUGGACAAGCUCUGGUUGCCAGAUACUUUCAUAGUCAAUGCCAAGUCUGCCUGGUUCCAUGAUGUGACUGUGGAAAACAAACUUAUCAGGCUCCAGCCAGAUGGAGUCAUUUUAUACAGCAUCAGGAUUACCUCAACAGUGGCCUGUGACAUGGACCUUUCCAAGUACCCAAUGGAUGAGCAGGAAUGCAUGUUGGAUUUGGAGAGCUAUGGCUACUCUUCAGAGGACAUUGUCUACCACUGGUCAGAAAACCAGGAGGAGAUCCAUGGGCUGGAUAAGCUGCAGCUUGCUCAAUUCACAAUUACCAAUUACCAGUUCACAACAGAAAUUAUGAACUUCAAAUCUGCAGGUCAGUUUCCCAGGCUCAGUCUCCACUUCCACCUUCGGCGAAAUCGAGGAGUUUACAUCAUCCAGUCUUAUGUCCCUUCCAUCCUACUGGUGGCCAUGUCGUGGGUGUCCUUCUGGAUCAGCCAGUCAGCUGUGCCUGCCAGGGUGUCACUAGGUAUCACUACUGUUCUUACAAUGACCACUCUGAUGGUCAGUGCCCGAUCCUCACUCCCACGAGCCUCUGCCAUCAAGGCACUGGACGUUUACUUCUGGAUCUGCUACGUGUUUGUCUUUGCUGCACUGGUGGAAUAUGCCUUUGCACAUUUCAAUGCUGACUACAUGAAAAAGCAGAAGAACAAGAUAAAGGCGAGAAGGCAGAGUGCAGAGAUCAACGUGAAGAAUGCCAUUGUUCUGUUUUCCCUCUCCAUAGCUGGUGUGAACCAGGAACUGGCAAUUUCUAACAGGCAGCACCGAAUUCCCAGAAGCCUGCCUGGAUCAUAUGGCACAAUAGAAAUAGAAACUGGAGAGACAAAACAGCAGCAGGGAAUGAAACUGGACAAAAAGACUGGCCUGAAGUCCCUCUUUAAGCCCAUUGAUGCUGACACCAUUGACAUUUAUGCCAGAGCCGUGUUCCCAGCAGCCUUUGCAGCAGUCAAUGUUAUAUACUGGGUUGCAUACACAAUGUAAAGGCAACAAAAAAAAGGAAAAUUCUUCCCAAAACCUACAAACUGAACAAUAUCCACAGGCUAAAAGGCCCUCCACUGAAACUGAAUUGAGGCACCUCUUCUCAAAGUAUUUUCCAACGAGCUCAAAUACUUCCAAAGUCAAGAAGGUCCUGCUAUGAAUUCCUACUUAAAGCAGCAAUUUAUUGCUGACCUGAUUUGAUACGUAGGACUGCACUCUGCCAAACAAGUCCAGCUCUUCCUUUCCUGUAAUACCACGAGACAACUUUUCAUAUGUACAUAUUUGUAGCAAAAGUUAAAUCUUAAAUGACCAUAUUUUCCUCCACUUCAAGGUUGAUCAGUAAUGAAGAUUUGGCUUUCCACACUCAGAUAAUUUCUUUUUUAUUUGUAAUGAAAGAGCUCAUUCCUCACUUCUGCACGAGUGGUUUUCUGCAUCUGUGGGCUGGUCUAGGUUUAACAGUAGUGCUAAAGCUGGUGUUUUUAAUCAGGAAAAUCUCAUGAACAAAGUAAAAGGGAAGAGAGGGGAGUGGAAGUUUUUUCUUAAAAUAUGAUUUGUCUUGGAAAAAGUAUUGAAAAAUUUCAAUGCUCUUAGUCACAGCAUGAAAUAAAAUAUACUACAUAAAAUUCUA